AUGGCCCGAUCUCGUUAUGACGCGAACGAAACCCUCGAAUACAUCAUUGGCGACGAUGGCGAAGAGUAUGAAUACGAAAGAGAAGCGCCGGACCCAUCGAUGGGAUUGCACCCCACCUAUCCUCCGAGGCUCAGCUCGAGGUGGAUAGACCGUAGGUCGCACAUUGGCCCACUGCCGGACGUGAGACAGUCUCCCAUCAGUUUCGACGCUGGAGCUCUUGAAUCUUCUCUUCCAUCAGGGGAUGAGUCGGCCACGCUCGGCUACGCUGGAACCCAUCCCGAGACUGGACGUCGAGCAAGCCAGUCAUCAUCGAGGAGUGAUCAUCAGAAGCGCGAGGUGAGUACUUGUGAUGACCACUCUGCAGCCGGCUCUUCCUCUGCACUUCACCCAACACAGACUGGUACCCCCGGCCCCCAUCACGAUUCUGCUGGAGAGUCGCACAACAACUAUAUGUAUGUCAGCAUUGAAGAGAGUUUCACCUAUCGCGAAUCUUAUCAUCCCACACCAGUGUCAGUGACUGAUGGAUGCUUCACCUCUGCUGUUGAAAGCCAGAGUGGGUCAGGUGGACCUUUGAUCACUACAAAGAAUCACGUUGAUUAUACGAAGCCAAAAUACGAUUGGGAGAGCCAAGCAUUGUCUUCACCGACAUCAACUACUGGAGAGUCUGCAGGGAGAUCGAGCAAGGCUCUCAAGAAGAAGAAGAGCUUGUUAAGCUUGCUCAAAGAGGAAUGA